GGGCACACAGCGCAAGGACAGGUUAUUUCUCCUGGGAGAGAGAUCAGGAGUUACAGAAGUCCCACAGUGCUUAUCAGAGGAAGCCAGACAGACGGCUCUUGGACAGACACACAGGCAGAGACAGACGGCUCUUGGACAGACACACAGGCAGAGACAGACGGCUCUUGGACAGACACACAGGCAGAGACAGACGGCUCUUGGACAGACACACAGGCAGAGACAGACGGCUGUUGGACAGACGCACGGACAGAGACAGACGGCUCUUGGACAGACGCACAGGCAGAGACAGACGGCUGUUGGACAGACGCACGGACAGAGACAGACGGCUCUUGGACAGACACACAGGCAGAGACAGACGGCUGUUGGACAGACGCACGGACAGCUUUGGCGCAGCAGCAGAGGAGAGCAGCAGAGGAGAGCAGCAGGGGGUGAGAAUGGCGUCGUUCGAGGCCCAGGGACAUUCUCCCCCGCGAUGCAGCCCGCAGUUCCCCAGCCUGGCCCAGGAGCCUCCAGAGCUCAGCCUGUACACGGACAGCUUCUACCCCCCCCCCUCCCUGCCCAGCCCGCAGAGGGCCACGCCGUCCUCCUACGACCUGGGCGACUACGCGGCCCCGGCUCCCAACCCCUACCUGUGGUUCAACGGCUCGGGCAUCAACAGCUCCCCCUACCUGGGGGGGGGCCCCGGGACGGCCGGCCCGCCCUUCGUGCCGCAGCACUACGGGGUGCAGCGGGCCGUAUCUGGGGGGGGGCGGGGGGCCGUGGCGGGGGACCUGGGCUGGUUCUCCCUGCCCUCUCAGGAGGACCUGAUGAAGCUGGUCCGCCCGCCGUACUCCUACUCUGCGCUCAUCGCCAUGGCGAUCCACGGGGCGCCUGAGCGCCGGCUCACGCUCAGCCAGAUCUACCAGUACGUGGCCGACAACUUCCCCUUCUACAACAAGAGCAAGGCGGGCUGGCAGAACUCCAUCCGCCACAACCUGUCCCUCAACGACUGCUUCAAGAAGGUUCCGCGCGACGAGGACGACCCAGCUUCCUGCCUCCAUCACUGGCGUGUAGCGCCCGCUGGGGAGGCACGGCAGCCAUUGUGCACCAGAGUGUUCACCACACACCAGCUGUAG